UACCGGAACAUGUAGAUAGCAACACUAGCUAGCCAUUAUACCAUAAAAUCGUUUAGUUCCACCUCCUGACCAAAGAUUCUGCAGCACCCUGAAAGCAAAAUGACGAACGAUGCCCAAGCAGACCCCAAAAUCAACAACCCUGAUACCGCUUCUCGUGGUAACGAUGAUGGCAAAACUGGAGCCCCAAAUGAGAUCUCCGACGAGGCUCCCACUUUCGUGAUAGACACCCCCAAUGGUACAUAUGUGUCUCGAUUCUCUUGGUGGUGUGCUUUGACGAUCUUCUCUGCAGUGACACUGAUUGCUCUGACGACCGAAACCGAUACCAAGCAGUGGCAGGCGGAAGAGAAGUGGAUUCUGUCGGUCUCUGUGUUGUCGCUCCUUGUGAGUGGUGUGGCGUGUGUGGCCCACGUCAACCAUCCAGCCUUCGUAGGAAUGCCACUGGAAGGUCUUCUGCUCUUGACUGAGCUGGGUCUUUGGGUUGGAGGUUUGAUUGUGAUGAUGGACACACAGAACAUGCUUGCUUUGGAUGGUGCAGGGCGCAUCGUCAAUGCCAAUCUGUACUUUUUUGGCUGGGCGAAUCUGACAGGAACCGUGGCGCUUCUUGUCGGAUAUGCCAAUCACUCCGAUCUGACAGCAACGAAUCCAACCAACGGCGUUGGAUAUUGGGCCGGGCUCUGUAUUGCCAGUCUUGUGGCCAUGUCAUCGUCGAUUCAGACUCUAGUCAAUGGUGUGACCCUGGACGGAGAAGAUUUUGACUGCGAUCGUGGGCCCAGCUAUUGCAACCGUCUCAAGUUCUCGAUUACAUUGGGAGCAGUCAGCACACUGGCGGGCGGACUCGGUUGUCUAAUUUCCUUUCAAUUUAACUUGUCAGCCGCAGCCAAGGCAUCAGCAUCCUUGGCCAUGUUCCUUGCCUGGGCGGUUGGAGUAUCACUGACAACUUUUGGCGAGCAGUCUCCAGGUAACCGAGUUGGCAAUCUCUACUUCAGCUGCUGGGGUGCAUUUGUGUUCAGUGUCUUUAUGCUCUCCUCGAGUAUCAAAGAGUGCUGUAUGGCAGCAAAACAAACUGUCGAAGGUGGAAUGCCAGCAGAGCCCAAAACCAAUGCUCGAGAAUGGAGAGAAGUAAAAAGCCAAGAGGAUGGUGACGGAGCAAACACAGCAUCGCCCACGGAGGCCUUGACUCCAACUUCCAAUUCAGACCCCAAAGAGAACGUUGCUUUGGACGACUCAGUCGACGAGCCAAAGCCCGUGAAGGCCUCAGAGGCGGAAGUUUAAUCACUUUUCAAUGCGAGUAGGAGAGGAGACACCAUCGUUAUGGCUGCUUUGCCAUGUAAUCUCACCACGGUAUUCUGGAAAGAGCUUGGGGCGCCGACGCCAAUAUUUCAACGAGAACGCUGCUAUAGUAUCGUAUAACAAACCAUUGGCAACGCCAUAAUAAAACACCUCUAUCAUGCUUUCUC